AUGGGAAAGAAUAGCAAAAAUAAAAAUAAUAAAUCGGCCAGUAAUAAGAAUCAGUCAGCAGCUAAUGUCACCACCCACGCACACGAUGCACAGUCAUCUACAAAACAACAGCAAAAACAACAGGCGCCAAUUAAACGACCCACGCUAACGCUACAAAAGCGCAACGAAUUGAGUUCACUCAUCAAUGCAUUGCUCGAAAUAGGUUUUAAACAGCCCGCAAACCCUAAAGAAGAAUGGGAUCAAUAUUUAGAAAUCCAAACACUGUUGCACCGUGUGCAAAUACUUGAAGCACCACUGCGCCGCACCAGCGCCAAUCCAACUACAGAAGCGCGUUUGGCAAACAUUGAAAAUUUCUAUCGUUGGGCCACUGAAAAUGGUUUGCGUUUUGAUGGCGUGCGCAUAGCACAGUUUCAAGGCUAUGAGUUGGGCUUGGAGGCUACACGCGAUAUAGCCGAAGAGGAAGUGCUUUUUAGUAUACCGCGCAAGCUUAUACUCUCCGAGGAAAAUAUGGAUUUAGAUUAUAGUCCAACACAAUUCGGCUCGAUGUCGAAUCUAAAAUUGUCGUAUGUGUUAAUGUUGGAGGCUUUGAAACCAGAUAGCUUUUGGAAACCCUACAUCGAUUUGUUGCCGGAGAGAUAUAAUACUGUACUAUAUUUUACAACCAAAGAAAUGGAAAUGCUGCGUGGCUCAAAUGCUUUAACUGCGGCGUUGCGUCAGUGCAAAGCAAUUGCGCGUCAAUAUGCGUUCCUCUACAACUGCACCGUGAAAGCGUCGCGUGCAGAUAAAUUCAACUCAAUGGGACAGACUUUUAAGGAACAGUUCAACUAUGAUUUGUAUCGGUGA